AAAAUAGUGUAGGUACUUUCCCAUUCUAUGUUUUAUGAAUGUUGUCAGCCAUUAUACAAUCAUGUUUUCCAAGUAAAACGAAAAAGAAAAAUGGACAAAGAAGAUAAAAGAAGAUACUUUGUUGUUGGAUCUGUUUACUUAGAGGUUGUUACUCCAUUGUUUCAACAAAAGUUAGAACAAAAAUAUGAAGGCCUAAACUUCAGAUGUUUAAAGGAUUUUCUUGAUAAAGAGGCAGUCAUCCACAUCUUAUUUCACCUACGCCACAGGAAUGCAUGGUGCUGUAUAGAUAAAGCAAACUGCACCAACCAAGGAGCUCUUCCUCUAAAUCAUCACCAAUGGAAACAACUUUAUGCUGAAAAUCCAGGGCCUGGUAUACACAACUGUUUUUGUAAGUACACAGCCAAGUCAGUCGACCCCGAAGAUCUUGAUUUGAGUUUGUGUGGCCUUAUAUUAUAUAACUGCUGUAACUUGAGACAACUUGAUGAAGAAGCAGUCCAUAUACUCCGACGGAAUAAGAAUGACUAUCUAAGUCAUAACACAACAUGUGGUAUAACCAAGGAUGAGUAUGGCCCAUUGAUGGAUGAGCUAAAGACCAAUAUCCUUCAACUUGACCAGACCAAAGAAGAUGAACUGAUAAGGAUACAGAAUAGACCACUGGAUGAUGCUCUGUGUAACAAAUACAUGACAACCCUUCUUGACAUCCAUGAAAUAUUGGAAAAGAUUGACACCAAAAUAGAUUUAAGUACUAAUCAAAUAUUAGAUACUUUAGAUACUGUAAACAUGAACAAUGCUGGGCUUACAGCUAAAAUAGAGGAAUUCAUGCAGAGAGUAGUUUGCCAGAACUGUAGGGGGAAAUUUGAUAAACAAGAAAUAAAAGAUCAACCAGUAAAACACUACAAACUAGGACAGUCUAUCUUCACACUACAUCAUGAGACAGACCUGACAUCAGUAGUUGAUGAUGACACUAAGGUAUCAGAUAUAGUGAUGAUGGAUGAUGGUAGACUGGUGAUGUGUAUACCUAACCAGAGGAGACUACUGAUCUGUAAUACAGAUGGAUCACAGGUAGACAGUAUAGAUGUACAGGGUAAACCAUUGUUUGUUACAGCAGUCAACAACUCUACAGUAGCUGUUACACUGAUGAGGAGUAAGUGUAUAGAGAUGUAUGACAUAAACAAUAAACUUAAACUUAAAUCAAUAUCACUACCUGACAUGUGGUGGGUGAGUGGCAUUACAACUAAAAACAACAAGUUAGUUGUAGGUGGUAACAACACACUACUGAUCAUAGAUCAUCAGACAGGAGAGGUGGUACAGACAAUAAAGACUGACUGUGAUCCUUACAAGUUACAUGGUUCUGGUGACAGAUUAUUCUACAGUGAUAACAACUACUUGAACAACAAUCUGUACUGGUACAGUUAUACUGAUGACAUACAUCACACCCUAACAUUACCAUCAAGACCUGAGAGUAUGACUACACUACAAGAUGGCAGUCUGUAUGUGGUGUGUGAAGAUGGUUCAGUACAACAUGUGUCAUCUGAUGGUAAACAGUAUAAAACUGUUACCACAAAGGGACUUCAAAAUUGUACAUACUCUUUUGUGUCAUAUAAUUCGAAGCAAAAGAAACUCAUCAUUAACCAUGAAAGGGACAAUAGAUGUAUAUUCAAAGUUUUUUAUGAGAAAUAAUACAGUCUUGUGCCAACUUUUUUGUGUUUAAUAACAAUAUAAGUACUUUAGAAGGAAUAAUAGAUGGGAGAUUUGUAUGGAUGAUAGAACAAGUUUCUUUAUAAAACACAAAUAUGCAAUAAGAGUGUUAAAAAGAGAUGAUUAAAAAUAUGAAUACUUUUCUUUACAAAUAUUUUGUUAUAGCCAAAUUAAAUGAAACUUAAGAAUUAUUGACUGAAACUGUAGGUGUAGAUAUACUGAAAGCAUUAUGUUCCAAAGUAAAAAAAAAAUAACAAAAAUGUUUAUUGAAAGAAACUUAUUCACUAAACAAGAAAAUAUAUACAUUACCAUAACAUUGUUUUAUCUUCAGCUCCACACCUACUGAACAACUGUCUGAUCAAUUCACUUGUGUUCAUCCUAAAAAUAUAUGUGAUGGAUAGAUAAGGAAAUUUACAUUAAUUUUUUGCAUUGUGCUAUAUCAUUUUGCUCAGGAUAGUGUUUAUAGCUGAACAUUUUUUUGUUAAACCUAGCAAAAAUAUCUAUCUUUCCAAGAAAAGAUUAAAUUAGUAAAUUAAUUAGAUAAAAUAGCUAUAAUUUUUUUCAACAACAAUUGCAUAGGCUUUUGAACUUUACAUGACCAUUUAUUGUUCAAUUUCUGUCUGAAUAUGCAAGAAAUAUUUUACAUUUAACAAAUUGGCAAAACGAUAUCAGUCAGCUUCGAAAUGUAUAUAUAUCAAAUGGAGUUUAAACAGGGGUAAUUCAAUCAGUAUAUAUUUUUAAUAGGAUCAUGUUAACUAUGUGUUAUAUAUGUUUUGGUUUUUUGUGUAAGCGUAUGAUAAUACUGCCUACCAAAUACAUGCCUGUCACAAACUGUUUAUAAAAAGUGUUCAAUUAAUAUGUGGAUAUAUUUAUAAGUUAAUAAAAUUGGUAAAAAUGUUGAUACAGUUUCAAAAUGCAAGUUGAUAUUGUAAAGUAUAUCAAAUAUAUGCAACACUCACAAAUGUGUCGUCCACACCCCCAAAAAAGGUUCACUUGACAGACAGAAAGUUUGUAACCUAAGGUACAAGGCAUUUUCAGCUUUGGUCACCUCUGUAAUUUUGCAAGUCUCCAUUUUGAAUUAUCUUCAUUUAGAUCCCUAUAUUUUUAAUCUUCAGAAAUUGCACCUUAAAAAACACUGAUAUUGACAACCUUGAAUAUAUUUUCCUUUUCUUUGGACUCCAGUGGAAAACUAUUCAAGAACUGAAUUUGCUAGCGAAAUUACUGACAUCUUAAUAAAUGUCAGUGCCAAAAAUUUUGGGCUAAAUGGAGUGUUACAUAUGUUUGUGUUAUUUUUUGUUGAAAACAAAAUAGAAUUAAAAAUGUUUUUGUAAAUAAUAAGUCUGUUUUAUAUUGUCACCAGGGAUUUUUGUUUUACCUUAGUUUAUAAAACUACAGAAAACUAUAAAGAAACUAAUGUUUUUGUUUUAAAUAAUUUUUAUAUAAUGUAAAUUCAGAAAUUUUUGCAAGGUUUUUAUUAUUGCAAAUAAUGCAACUAGUUGAGUAUCCCAAUAAUAUAUAUAAGAACUUGCAUUCUGAUAUCUGAUACACAUAUCAGUAUGUAGGCAUUUCUGAAAUCGCAAUAAAGAAAGACUUGCAUUUAUGUAAUUCUUAAAAAAAUCACAGUAAUAAAUGUACCAAAUAAUUUCUGAAUUUAGGUAAAUAAUUGUUUAAUAUCUAUAAUUUUCUCAAUACCUUGUAUAUUUGUUUGGAUAACUGAGAAUGGCUGUUACUAAGGUAACUCCUAAAACCUACAAUAAAAAUAACAAAUAAUAUUAGUACUUAUUUAUAUAAUCCUUCCUGAAAUGUGCAUAUUUUGUAAAUAUUUAAUGUCUUAAAUGUACCGUCUUUAAUUUUCGUAUAAUUUUAAUCAUAUUUGAA